AUGGAAGAUAGCGACAACGUUGACUUCAAGUUUGCAUUCGCGCAACGGGGAUUUGUCCGAAAAGCCACUAGUCCUGUGAUAUACUCGGACGGUAGUACCCACGAAGUCAUCUGGGAUACCAAUGCCUAUGACUUCCUCGAGGCAGAUGUCCCUAGCACCGCAAAUGUCUCUCUGUGGAGGCAGGGGCAGCUAUGCAGUACAACCGCCGGCCUUUACCACGUCAUGGAAGGCAUUUAUCAGAUCCGUGGCUUUGACCUUGCUAAUAUGAGCAUUGUCCAAAUCCCAAAAACAAAUGGCAUCAUCAUUAUCGACUGUUUAACCUCGGUCGAGACAGCAAGGGCGGCCAUUGAGCUGUACCAAGAGGAACAUCGAGACAAAUUCGGCAAAGACGCAGAAAUCAAGGCCCUCUUCUACACACAUUGCCAUGUCGACCAUUUUGGCGGCGCUCAAGCCAUUGUCGACAUCGCAACAACGGCCGGGACUCCUCUGCAAAUCAUCGGUCCUGACGGCUUCCUCGAACAUGCUGUCAGUGAGAAUGUGUAUGCUGGACCGGCAAUGGCUCGCCGUUCUAUUUACAUGUAUGGAGAGGCCUUGACCAAAUCUCCUGACGGACAAAUUGGCUGCGGACUCGGACAAGCUUUAUCGACUGGAGCCAGCUCGCUUGUAGCGCCCCCGCAGGUCAUCACCAGUGAUGGUCUUCUCAGUCCCGCAGUUGACGGUCUUCAGAUCAUCUGCCAAUUGACUCCGGGAACCGAAGCUCCAGCAGAAGUGAAUUUUUACUUCCCGGACUACAGAGCCCUGUGCAUGGCCGAGAAUGCGACUCACACGUUGCACAAUAUCCAAACACUGCGAGGUGCCCCGGUUCGUGAUGCAAGACUCUGGUCACGAUACUUGGAUGAGUCGAUCACCCUUUUCGGUGACAAGAGUGAUGUGGUAUUCUCUAGCCACCACUGGCCGACCUGGAACGAGGACGAGAGUAAAGUGGUCCAGUUUUUAUCCGAACAACGCGAUUAUUAUGCCUAUCUUCACAACGAAACCCUUCGCCAGUUAAAUGAUGGCAAGACCCCGAUCGAAAUUGCUGAAGAAAUUCAGAUGCCUCCCACUUUGAGUGCGCGGACAAACCUUCGUGGAUAUUAUGGCUCUGUCAGUCACAAUGUCAAAGCAGUAUAUGACCACUACAUGGGAUGGUUCAAUGCAAACCCUGCUUACCUAUGGCCACUCACCCCCGUUGACGAAGCCACUGAACUUGUCAAGUGCAUGGGUGGCAGCCAAUCUGUACUUGAAAAGGCUCAAGCUUAUCACAGCGAUAAGAAUUUACGAUUCGCAGCCACGCUUUUGGACAAACUUGUGUUUGCAACGCAAAGCAAUGCCGACGAGAAAGACAGCGAUGUUGCUCAGAAGGCAAAAGAGGAGCUGGCGGCUGUAUACACUGAGCUGGGAUACGGCGCAGAAAAUGGAACUUGGCGCAAUUUCUUCUUGACCGGAGCUUUCGAGCUACAAAAUGGGGCCCAGCCUUCGGUCAAUGCUAUAUCACCCGCGUCCUUGUUAGCUCUUGGCUUUGAUCAGCUAUUUGACAGCAUCGGCGUCCGCAUCAAUGGACCAGAGGCUUUCAAGCAGCCGAGCAAAUACCUCGAAAAGGAAAUCACAAUCGACUUCAUGGUCGAUGACGUGGGAAAUGAAGGUUCCGGAUGGCACUUAAGACUCAGCAAUGCUGCCUUGACGGGACAUGUCGUUCAAUAUACGGCGGCUCCGAAGACGCGAGAUUCCAAUGUUGAUUUGACCGUGUGGCUCACGCACCAAGAGCUCGUUACUCUCGUCGGAGGCGCAUCUGUCGGUCAGAGCCCCACUCUUGAUCAGCUCGUAACCUCUGGAAACGUCGAGGCUUGGACUGAUAUCGUAUCCCUGGUCGCUUUGCCAAAUCCUGCAUUCAAUAUUGUCACGCCAUAG